AGCAUACACUUUCCCGUUUGACAAAGUCAGAUUUUACAGUUGCCCUAGCAAAGUGUACAUGCAGUGCUGGCAAAUUAGGAUAUCAGGCUGGCAUUAACGCUUCCUUUCUCAAACUAACUUUUUAACAUUUAACAGCUGGCUACAAAAGAGCUGAGGACACAGAAGGGAAUGGGGUGACCAGCUGUCGCAGUGUGCCUGGAACUGAGGGAUCUCCUAGGACGCAGGACUGUCGGCGUGCAGGGCGGUCGGGGAAGCUGGAAGGGUUGGUCGCCCUACAGAAGAAUAACUUGGAGGUAAUGUUUUUAUGAAGUAACUCUUGCAUUUUCAGAUAAUUUUUGUGCCAGCUCAUUCAAGAAGAGUGAGCCAGCCCUAAAAUAGCCUCAACGUCUUCCUGAGAAGGAAUUCUUUGUGUUGGGGAUGGUGGUGGGAAAACGGGGAGCCCCUGGGGGUUGGGGGGCUGGAGGUUGCUCUCUGUCUCAUUGGCUGCUCCCAGGGGACAAGGACAGACAGGUGAUUCUACAACCAAAGACAUUUUUUCCUGUGAUUCUUGCUGUCUAAACUCUGUGAGGCUAAGGUUAGAGCUACCCUGUAAGGUUGUCCCAGAGGUCAGAGCACUGGCUCUUCUACCCUUUACUUAAACAAUCUUUAAUUAUUUGCCCUGUGCUUUUUUUCCUGGAAUGUCUACAACCUUUCUUUGUCUCCACUUUGGGAAUCCUGCAGGUUGCACUCCAUUGUUUUCUCCUAGGGAAGCCAACCUCCAAACUCCUGGGCAGAGUUUAUUGCCUUUGCUGUGGGCUUCUAGAAUGUUUUCUCCUAUGGCACUGAGCACACUUUAUCACGAUCAGCUAUUCGUCCACCCUUCUGCUGAACUACAGUUUGCUCCAGGGCAGGGACUCGAGGAGGGGGGUGUCUUUGUAACCCAGCAAAGAGAAGGCAAAGAGAAGACACAGAUUGAUUUAGUUACUAAUCAAACUAAAUUGACAUGGUAUCGAUAACAAAGGGUUCUGUGAGUGACAAGAAAGCCCUGCUAGGGUCCUGCUGGUAAAAGACCACGUGCACAAUAAAAUCACGUGCACCUUAAAUUGAAUUCCAAAUGUUAGUGCUGUGAUUCACAAUUUUAUUUUGAGUGGGAAAUAGUGGGAUGGAGGAGGGGAGGGAAGGCUGAGGGGUCGGGGGCCAUCAUGAUAAGAGGUAGCAGCUGUGCCUCCACCGUGGCAGGGAAACCGUUCCAGCGUCCACAGGAUAAGCAACUGUAGCCGAUGCUUUUGGUGGUCUGCCCAGGUCCCCCUGGAUCCCCUUCACUGCUGCGGGUGCCCAUCCGAUGUUUCCAGGUGUGCACUGGUCCUAACGGUCUGCAGCCCACACCUUCUUCCUGAGCUGGCGGGAAACUGUGAGAGCCUCUUCUGUUGCAGAUGCAGGAAGCUCGUGCCCUAGAGAAAUUGCAUGAUCCUUCCCUUCCACCCUCAACCGAAGACUGAGGCAGGGUCUUGAAAGCCCAGCUCCCGUACCCAGGCUGCCAUUUUCACCCCAGAACUGCCUCCAGGGUCAGGCAGGGACUAGACCUUGUCCUAAAAUUGUUCCCUUGCUUCUUCCCUCCCCUGAUUUGCUUCCCCCAUACCCCUUUGGGUUUCUUUGAGGAGCACGUCUCUAAUAAACUGCACAUGGCUCCUUGUCUCAACAUCUGCUUCCAGAGAACCUACCCCAAGACAAGAUUUUAGUGUUGUGGCUUCCUAAGGCUUCUUGGUAGAAAGCCCAGAGUUAGCAGGUCCUCGGCUCUGACCUGCAGAGUCUCGGAAGGAUGCACGUGGACACACCUCGUUCCCCACGCUCACCUGCAUUUCAAGGGAACAUUUCAAAUGCCUCAUGGGGGUGGUGGACGCAAGCUGGAGGCAGCUGGCCACAUCGUGCUCAGCCUGCAGAGGGGCCUUUAAGCUGGUGGAGUCAUAGGAGAUUCCGGUGAAGUUUUAAGAACUGAUGUAAACUUCUGUAAAUAGCUCCAUAUCAAACCCAACCUAAAUAGAAUUGAUUCAAAGGUAAAAAUGUAAUUUUUCCUCUCAUCACACUUCAAGGAUUUUUUAUGUCUUGAUUCAAGCCAAGAUGAAAAUUGGAAGUACUACAGUAUUUUUUUUUUUCUUUUUUGAAAAUUAUUCUUGGGAAAUGGCUCUCUUGAAAAAGUUGGUUCUUAUGAACUUUCUGCAUAGUAUUCAGGUGUCUUUUCAGAACUUCGGAUACAAAUAGAGACUUUAGAUGUAUAUUUUAUUCAAAUUGACAUGUAAGAAUCUUGCUUUCAAUUAACUGAGCAAAAAGAAAGAAACAUUAUUACCUGAUUUACUGUUACUAAACAGUCAAUCAUACUUGUUUUCAUUUUAAGCUAAAAAAUCAGUAACAUUAUUAGCCAUCUCCAAUUAUGAAAUGAUUAUUUAUGUUAUUUCAGGUAAUCUAAUAUAGUAAAUUCCCCACCCUACCCCUUAGAGGCAGGUUAUCGUGCAGAUUUUACUCUCUGGCUGGGAGGGAGAUCGGGUGACAAAAAACAUUUUUUGUCGGUAUUAAUAGUUUGUCCUAUUUUCUUGGAAAUUUCCAGAAAUACCUGGACAGAUCAUUCAAUUAUUAAAACAUGCAGAACAAAGUCUAUCCCCUGUGACCGAAGUCUCAUAGAUCUCAUAGAUGCUUAAUCUAGAAUUUUCCCACUCACCUCUCAACCCUUUAGACGUUUAUACUGCCUCACCUCCUUGUGUGAAUUCUGUCAGAUCUGUAACCUCAAGACUUAAUUGCUGACAUUAUCACCAAAUGAAAAAUAACAAAAUCAGGUAAACACCACCAAAAUAUUGUCUUAGAAGAACAUUGUCUCAGCAUGUAAGUUUUAAAUGGAUUCAUGCUACUUUGGACUCAUUUUCUUCUCUCAUCGUCUUUAAGACUCUGUUAUAAAGGAAUAUCAGCUCUACUGUGCAUGAUCGUGCAAGAACUAUACUUGCCAGAGUAUUAAACUAUGAUUACAAUUCAUGGAGUGUAUUGCCUGAUGCCCCGAGGAAUCUGUACGUGCACAUGUAUACCCACAACAGACAAACUCGAGAAAAAUGGACAAUAAUGGAAAAUGCAUGGACUGAAAUGCACAGAGUGGUUCUGGGCUUCAAGUCACUGCUUUGCAGCCUGGUGACUUUGAGCAAAGCACUUACCUUCUUUGGCUUCCAUUCCUUUACCCUUAAAACAUGAUUAAUUGUGCCUACAUUUUGGUCUGAGCAUCAGAUUAAUAAUGUUUCUGAAAGAGCUUCGUAAAUUGAGAAAGAGUAUUCAAAUGUUUACUAGGUGAAGUUUAUUAACUAAAGCCACUGCUGAAAAUACUCAUUAAAUAUAAGAAGAUAAAGAUCAAUUUUAACAAAUGAUAUCCUCCAUUUAUAGUUUUUUGUCAAUCCAUUUGACAAACACAUAUUCGUUGAGGGACUGUGAUGCGCCUGGUAUCGCUGGGAGGAUGCUCGCUGAACGAGACAGGUGCGGUUGAGCUCUGAAAUGGAACACAGGCAGUAAACGAUAAAGACGACAACUUCAGACAGUGCCAAGUGACGUACAAAAUAAAAGGGUGUCUUGAGGCACAGAGUUGAAUCGGGACCAUGUUAGACGAGACCCCCCUGGAGAGGUACUGUUUAGGCUAAGACCUGAACGGUGAGUCGGGCCGGUGAAUGCAGAUUGGAGGGGACCACUCCAGGCAGGGGAGACAGCCCCUGCCACCCAUCUAAGGUGGGAUAUGGCCAGAGCCUUUAGUGUCGAGCUUUUCCUCUUUCAUUGCCCUUUGCCUCUGUAUUUACCUGGUUUGUAAUAUCCUCGUGUGCAGUCUGUCUGAUUCUAGGCUGCUGGAGUAAGAUGGCACCAGCUUUAAGAAGUCCAACCCUUGCGUGGCUUCUUCAUUCUCCACCGCCUGAGCCCCUGGGGGCCCCGUGUCUUUUCUCAGGGGCCACCACUUACACUCCCAGGCUGAAAAGAAGCCUGUUGCUUUCAAGGAAAGAAGGGGACAGAAGGGAAGGCGACCAAGGUGUAUUAUUCCCAUUGGGGAAACGAAAAUGGAAUGAUUUAUGCUCUAGGCUUUGAGUCAGGAGAGAGGGGGAGGAGAAAAUAGGGAGGUCUCAGCCCUUCCCCCCAAAAGCAGAAUAACACCUCACCCCUUCAUGUCCCCAUUUAGUUCGAGCCCCCAGAACUGCAGCAGCUGUCCCCAGGGUAAAGUGUGGGGCCCGGAACUCAGGGGAGAGGAAGUAUCACUUGUCUCCAGCAAACGCAAGACACUCACUCUUCACCCUGUCCCCUCCAAUUUAAACCAGAUGCAGCGGCCUGGCCUUGCCGAGGUGCCUCUGCAGCGACAUGUGAAUGUACCAUCAUCUCCUUUUUGACAGAGAGUCCUUGCUUCUCCUAGUGUUGCCUUUGGACCAAUACAGGGGCUCCCGUUAGGGAAAGCUCCUGUGGGAAACGCAUCCCAUCUGUUAGUACUGACCAGGGCCCCGCUCACUGUGAGCCUCAGGCCGGCGUCCUUGACAUGGUGGCUGCAAGAUCACCUGGUGUAGGAAGGACACACAACCACAUUCCUAAAAGAAGCUCGUGCCUUCAGUUCCAGAGACCAAAAGAUCUCCCCUUCGAUGUCUGCUUCAAGGAUGGAAUUCUGACCAUUUCUCAUAAAAAUGCCAGACUCUGUACAAGAAUGCUGGAACCCGGAUUCCAACAUGUAUCCCCAAGCCCAAUUUUCAUGACCCAGAAGAAUCUAGUUUUACCCAUGUCCAUCUGACUUCUUUACAUUUUUCCAUCAGUGAAAAUGGAGGCGAUAAAAAACAAAAAAAUAAACAAAAAAAAAACCAACCCAGUCAUAAGAGGACUGAGCUGAAAUCAGGAGUUGCUGUCUGACAUUUUGCUCAGGUGUAUUUGACACAGGUAUGGUGGGUACGGGCUCGUCCUGGUUCCCCCAGAAGGCAGGGAGUCCUGCUAACAUGUUGGGGUGGGGAGGAAACAAGAAGGGAGAACGCAGGGUAAUGCGAGCUGGUUAGGAAAGCUAAUCUGGUUAUUUAUCUAAAGUUUACUUAGGCAAAGGGAUCUUAAAAAGGCUUUGAUAAGAGUGGCCAAAGUUUCUUCAAAGAUUAACUGGCAUUUUUAUAAAGGGCAUCAGUUUUCUCUUAGACAGGUGUUUGGAGAGUUCAGGACAGGGUGCCCAUCAGAACCUUGUGCUGGUCUGUAGAUUUCCCUAAGUCCUUGAGACACACUGCUGACAUCAUGGACUCUUUUCUCAGAUUCCUUCUCUCUCUCUCUCUCUCACUUUCUCUCCUUUCCUCCCUCCCUCCUUUUCCGUCCCUCCCUCCUCCGCACAAUCUCUCCCAAUCUCUUUCUUUCUGUCUUCAGUUCCUUCAGGUAAUUCCAACUCAAACUUGUACCAACUUGUUUUUGACUGACAGUGAACAGCACGAGCGCUUUCUUCAUUUUGAGAAACGCUGAACACCUAUCUCUCCCAGCAACCUGCAUGGACCGAGCAUUUCUCUGCCUUGUCAUAGCCUCACAUCUAGCGUUCGCCGGUCUUUGCAGGUAAGAGGCAGUAGCAGAACCCCAUGGUAGCCAGGCGGGUGAAGGGGAGCGAAAACGUGUCUACCUGCCUUGAAGAAGACACCUUCUGACCUGCCACGUGAGUGAUCAGGGGAAAUUUACUUCAGUCACAGGGCAGGUACUAUAAAAUGCUGGCAGCGCCGUGGUCAGCUUGUUCCUGGCUGUGACCACAGGGCAGAGUGUUCCCUGGGGCUGAGUGUGGUGCCCAGCGCUUGUUCUAGGUGACCCUGCAGGCUGGCGAUGGACGCCAUCCACUCCAGCAUGUCCGGCGCGCCCCUGGUGAAGCCCACGGCUGCGGGGGCCGGACUCAAGGCCAGCAGACCCCGCGUCAUGUCCAAGAGUGGGCACAGCAACGUGAGGAUCGACAAAGUCGACGGCAUUUACCUGCUCUACCUGCAAGACCUGUGGACGACCGUCAUCGACAUGAAGUGGAGAUACAAACUCACCCUGUUCGCCGCCACUUUCGUGAUGACCUGGUUCCUCUUUGGGGCCAUCUACUAUGCCAUCGCGUUCAUUCACGGGGACCUGGAACCCGGCGAGCCUGUCUCGAAUCACACCCCCUGCAUCAUGAGAGUGGACUCCCUCACCGGGGCCUUUCUCUUUUCCCUGGAGUCCCAGACAACCAUCGGCUACGGCGUGCGCUCCAUCACCGAGGAGUGCCCUCACGCCAUUUUCCUCCUGGUGGCUCAGCUGGUCAUCACGACCCUGAUCGAAAUCUUCAUCACGGGCACCUUCCUGGCCAAAAUCGCAAGACCCAAGAAGCGGGCGGAGACCAUCAAGUUCAGCCACUGUGCGGUGAUCACCACGCAGAACGGGAAGCUGUGCCUGGUGAUCCAGGUGGCCAACAUGCGCAAGAGCCUGCUGAUCCAGUGCCAGCUCUCGGGCAAGCUCCUGCAGACCCAUGUCACCAAGGAGGGCGAGCGCAUCCUCCUCAACCAAGCCACCGUCAAAUUCCACGUGGACUCCUCCUCCGAGAGCCCCUUCCUCAUUUUGCCCAUGACCUUCUACCACGUGCUGGAUGAGACCAGCCCCCUGCGAGACCUGACACCCCAGAACCUGAAGGAGAAGGAGUUUGAGCUCGUGGUUCUCCUCAACGCCACUGUGGAAUCCACCAGCGCUGUCUGCCAGAGCCGCACCUCCUACAUCCCGGAGGAAAUCCACUGGGGCUUCGAGUUUGUGCCCGUGGUUUCUCUCUCCAAAAACGGGAAGUACGUGGCCGAUUUCAGUCAGUUUGAGCAGAUCCGGAAGAGCCCGGAUUGCACCUUUUACUGCACGGAUUCCGAGAAGCAGAAACUGGAGGAGAAGUACAGGCAGGAGGAUCAGAGGGAUAGGGAAUUGAGGACACUUUUGUUACAACAGAGCAACGUCUGACCACAGGGGUGUCACCUCAGUUUACCUCCACGGGCUGUUUCCACAUCAGAACUCCCUGCAAACACAAAGGUUGCUGUGAAAACGACAAUGGGUAGACACACUCCAAAAAACUGUAGGAACAUACGAAAUCCGUCUAUUCCUUUGAUCUGGUGGCUAAACAAGCAUUUCCAUGUUUGAGAGGGUUUAAGUGCUUUGUCUGGAGUGAACUCUCAAAAUUCAGAUUUUCUAAAAUGGGGCUACAUUUCAAAGAACUUGGUAUAGGGCAAAUUUGGAAUACUGUCCUGUUGGAUAAACAGAUAUUUAGCAAUGCCGAUAUUGAAAGUAAAUGCAUUUCUAUACACGAAUAUUAGCAAUAAUAUAUUUAUUUAACCAAGUAUCAAUGGCAUUAUGGUGGGAGGUUGAAAUGUGGUUCAGUAUUCACUUAUGUCAUUGCUUUAAAAUAUUCUCUUUUUGUUCAGCAGGGAAAAUUUUAUAUAUAAUGAUAGCUCUCUGGUUAUACCUGAAAAGGGGCAGGGUUUUACUUAUAAAACGUAGUAAUUCCAUUUUUACAUUUCUUCAGUGGACUGAAUUGUAUGAAAUGAAAUGAAAUUGACCAAAUUAGCAAUUAACAGUUGUGGAAACAUAUGCAAGUGGAGCUGAUGCUAUUGUUCCCAUUCAUUUUUGUUGUUGUUGUUGGAAUGCACUUGCCCUUUCUAUUCAAAAUGUGGCCCACAGACUGGCAGUGUCAGUCCCAUCUAGGAGCAUGUCAGCCGUGUAGAGCCUCCAGUCCCAGGUGCACUUACAGAACCAGAAUCUGCAUCUUAACAAGACCCCCAAGUGAUUUGUGCACAAAGGAAAGUUUGAAAUGUCCUGCUCUGGGCAGCAUUUUAAAAGUAACAUUCUGAAGCCAUGUGGAAAACUGACUCUUGUGGGCACCACGUCCACAUGGCAUCCACAUCUGUCCUCUCUUCAGUUCACUGUGGGCCAAUAUUCCCUGCGGCCAUUUCAUUUCUUAUCUAUUAAAGUACCUUACCCACAAAGGAACUGUGUAGAAUUAUCCACUGACAUUCCGAGACCAAAAUAAAGCUCUUGAGAGUAAUGGCUGUCAAUUCCAGUUGGAAUUAAAAAAAAAGAAAUUAAGCUGCAUGACAAUACAAGAAAGUUCCUCAGAUGCUGAAAUGUGUAAGGUCAAUGGGGCAUGAGGGACAAGAAACAAGAUGACUCUGAGAUGUAUGAACAAAAUUUUAUAAUCUCAUAACCUUUAAAGAAUACCCUCACUGUUUAAAUAAAGCUCAUAUGAAGAGUAACACUUUGCCUCUGACAAAAUUUAGGGGUCUUGUGCCCUGCAUUUUGGGGGGCAGAAAAAUAAAUGGGUUAGGAUUGGUAAAA